AUGUCGAACCCUAACGACUACACAGUUGGCUGGAUCUGUGCCAUAAGCACGGAGUAUGUUGCAGCGCAGGCUUUUCUUGACGAAAAGCACGAAGGGCCUGAGUACGUGUCUCCUAACGAUAAUAACGAUUACACCCUAGGUAAGAUUGGAAAACACAAUGUUGUCACGGCCGUUUUGCCUGGUGGAGAAUAUGGUAUCGCUUCUGCUGCAAUUGUAGCUAGAGAUAUGCUACAUAGCUUCCCUAAUGUCAGGAUCGGCCUGAUGGUUGGUAUCGGCGGCGGUGCACCAAGCCAAAAGCACGAUAUCCGUCUUGGCGACAUCGUGGUCAGUGUGCCUCGAGAUGGGAAGGGCGGCGUUUUCCAAUACGAUUUUGGCAAGACAAUACAGAACCAGAGGUUUUGCACAACAGGGUUCUUAAGCCAGCCACCAAUAGUGCUAUUAACGGCUAUAAAUGGACUUCAGGCACAGUAUGAGAUCGAUGGCCAUCGGCUUGAAGAGGCCAUUAAUUACGUACUGGAGAAGAAACCGAGAUUGAGCAAGAAGUACAAACGCCCAGCUAUAAGUACAGAUAGACUUUUCAAGCCUGAAGCCACUCACGAUUCUAGCUGUACCAAAGACUGCCGUUGCGAUACAUCGAACUUAGUGUUACGAUCUGACCGGGGAAGCGAGGAGGACAAUCUAGCAAUUCACUACGGUCUAAUAGCUUCCGCAAACCAGUUGAUGAAAGACGCACUAGUUCGAGAUAAAAUUGCGGCGGAAAUGGACGUUUUGUGUUUUGAAAUGGAAGCAGCAGGGCUGAUGAACCAUUUCCCAUGCCUAGUUAUCCGGGGCAUCUGCGACUACUCAGACACACACAAGAGCAAGGAGUGGCAAGGUUAUGCAGCAAUGGCAGCGGCUGCAUAUGCUAGAGACCUCUUAUACCGGAUCCCUCCCAAUAAGGUUGAAGCUGAGGAGAAGGUUACGGAGCUUCUUUCUCGAGUUCACAACUAUGUUGAAAAAGUCGAGGGUAAAUUGGACAGAAAGGAAGAUGCCGAAAUCCUUAACUGGCUUACGAAUAUUGAUUAUGGCCCUCAACAGAGUGACAAUCUGCAGAGGCGGCAACCGGGAACCGGUCAAUGGCUUCUGGAUUCUACAGAGUACUCCACCUGGUUGGGGGCCGACAAGCAGACGUUAUUCUGCCCCGGGAUUCCAGGAGCAGGAAAGACCAUCCUUACAUCAAUUGUGGUGGACGACCUUUGCAAGAGAUACCCUAAUGAUACCACAAUCGGGGUUGCGUACAUCUACUGUAACUUCCAGCAGAAAGGCGAACAAACGGCCUACGACUUACUUGCAAGUCUGCUUAAACAACUAGCCCAAGGCCAGUCUUCUCUGCCAGGCUGCGUAAAGGACCUUUAUAACAAACACCAAGCUAAGAAAACACGGCCGCCAAUAGACGAAAUUUCCAGGGCUCUACAGACUCUCGCAGACUUAUUUUCAAGAGUCUUUAUUGUCGUCGACGCCCUUGAUGAAUGCCACACAUCAAGUAAAUGCCGAUCGACACUCCUUCUGGAAAUCUUUCAUCUUCAGGCGAAGACGAAAACAAAUUUCUUUGCGACUUCGCGACGAAUCCCAGACAUUGAAAAGGCAUUCAAGGAAUAUCCUUCUCUCGAGAUCCUUGCAAGUGAUGAAGAUGUACAAACAUAUCUUGAUAGUCAAAUGUCAGAACUCCCGGGAUGUGUCUUAAAGAGGCUAGAUCUACAAGAGGAAAUUAAGAUCAAAAUCGUCAAAGCGAUUGACGGAAUGUUCCUGCUCGCAAAGCUUCAUCUUGAUUCACUGAAAAGUAAAUGGACGCCAAAGGCUAUCCGAAGGGCUUUAGAAACCCUCCCCACUGGAUCCGAAGUAUAUAAUGAAACGUACGACGCAGCGAUGGAUCGAAUCAAGGGGCAGACAGGCUCGAGAGAGCUUGCAAUACAAGUUCUAUCUUGGAUCACCUGUGCAAAGAGACGGCUGACAACAUUAGAACUUCAGCAUGCACUUGCUGUAGAAGUUGGCAAAUCUAACUUGGACGAAGACAAUCUCCCAGAAAUCGAAGAUUUGGUCACUGUGUGCGCGGGAUUGGUUACUGUUGAUGAGGAGAGUAAUGUUAUCCGCCUGGUCCAUUAUACAACACAGGAAUACUUUGAGCGGACUCAAAGGCAUUGGUUCCCGAAUGUAAAUGUCAGCAUUACCACAAUCUGCGUUACAUAUCUGUCAUUCCACGUCUUCGAAAGUGGAUCUUGUCCAACGGACGACAGCUUCAAUGAUAGAUUGCGAUCGAAUCAUUUCUAUGACUACGCAGCACGCAACUGGGGACACCAUGCUCGCAAGGCCUUGACAUUAUGCCAGGAAGUCAUGAGAUUCCUAGAGCAGCAACCAAAAGUAGAGGCGGCGAGUCAAGCACUGAUGAUGCCUCCACGAAACUCAUAUUACAGUCAACCAGUGCCCAGGCGUAUGACAGCUCUUCACCUAGUGGCAUACUUUGGGAUUGAGGACGCGGCUAGGGCACUCUUGCUAAAUGCAGUAGAAACUGAUGCCAAGAACACCGACAGUCAGACGCCGUUAUCUUUGGCGGCAAAGAACGGUCACUCGAAAGUGGUAGAGCUGCUGCUCGAGAAUGGUGCUGAGCUAGAAUCUGAGGAUGGCAGGGGUAACACGCCGCUAUUAUGGGCUAUAAUAAACGGGCACGAAGCAGUAGUACAACUGCUUCUUGAGAAAGGAGCCAAGGUACGGUUUAAGGACAAAGAGGGUCGGACGCCGUUGUCUUUGGCAGCAGAGAAUGGCCACGAGGCCGUGGUGAAGCUGCUGCUUGCGAAGGAUGUCGACGUAAACUCGAGAAACGAAUACAGUUGGACACCGUUGUGGAUUGCUGCCAACAAGGGCUACGAGGGAGUUGUGAAGCUACUGUUAGCGCAGAAGGGCAUCGAGGCAAACUGCUGUGAUAUAGAUGGACAUACGGCAUUGUCAAAAGCCGCAUCAGGUGGGCAUGAGCCAGUCGUCAAGUUGCUGCUGGGGGUGAACAGCAUCAACCCAGACUCCAAGGACAAUUGUGGGUGGACGCCGCUGAUGCGGGCUGCGCAAAACGGACACGAGGCAGUGGUGAAGCUGCUCCUUCUGAGAAUAGAGGUCAACAUAAACUCCAAGGAAGAGGGCGGUGGGCUGCUUGACUUGGGAAGAGCCAGAGCAACGAAUCGCUCUUCAUGGAACCAUGACUCUCCAUGGAACAAUCAUUCUUCGUGGAGCUAUUAUUCUACAGGAAACUAUCAUUCCUCAAGGAGCUAUCAUUCUACAGGAAACUAUCAUUCUUUACGGAGCUAUGACUCUCUAGAGAACUAUCGUUCUCCGGGAAAUUUUCACUCUCUAGAAAGCCACAACUCAACUCGUUGCAUCCCGAAAAUAUACGUCCAAGGAAGCGGCCGGACACCGCUAUCAUGGGCGGCAAAGAAUGGGCAUGAGGCAGUAGUAAAACUGCUGCUCGAGCAGGGUGCCGAGAUAGAUGAUAAAGAUAACGGGGGUCAGACGCCGCUGUCCUUAGCAGCAGAGAACGGACAUGAAAUGGUAGUUGGGCUGCUGCUUGAAAAAGGUGCGAAGGCUGAGUCUAAGGAUAAAAGGGAUCGGACGCCGCUAUCUUUAGCGACCAGAAACGGGCAUGAGAUGGUUGUAAAGCUACUGGCCAGCGAAAUCACUGCAGUUUAA